CGUAGACUCAACUGCCAACUGCGUCAUGUGGCAAGACAAUAUUCCAAUUCACUUGACCUCUAAAUCAACAGGAAGAGAAGCGACGAUCCGUCUACAGCAUUCAACAAAGACCUCUAUCCCUCCGAUGCGCUGACCACAUCCCGUCUUUCGUCUUCAGCUCUUCUUCAGUACGCGCUUACCAGGCUCUCCCACCAUGCAUUUGUCACCACAGGAACAAGAGCUGUGCCAGCUCCUUCGCGAUCUGCCAAAGCGUUACAAUAAUCGGUACAGUGAGCAGGCCGCCAACUUCUUGGUGCAGAGUCUGUUCCGCUCAUUAGUUGGCUCCUCCGACGCCUUCUUGAACGUCCUGUUCAACGGUGAGCACCCGCCACCCGAUCUAGACAAGAGAUGGAGCCUGCGGCGCGCGCAGGGGGCCGUGGAAGGUGCCGAAUAUACAGAGGCGGCAAGAGGACAUCCGUGCGGUCACAUCUUCAAGUACGGUGAAACAACGUACAGAUGCAGGACGUGCAGCUCGGACGACACCUGCGUCCUGUGUGCAAGGUGCUUUGAGGCGUCGGAUCACGAGGGGCACAAUGUCUUCGUGUCUCUGUCACCAGGUAACUCUGGUUGCUGUGAUUGCGGUGACCCAGAGGCGUGGCUCAGGACGGUGGAGUGCAGCAUACAUUCGAUCUCCUCUGGGUCGCGUGGGCCAUCGGCGACGGGCAAGGCGCCGGAUCGCUCCUUGUUGCCGCCGGAGCUGACGGAGAGUAUACGCAUGACGAUAUCACGAUCUAUGGACUAUAUUUGCGACGUGUUCUCGUGCUCACCAGAGCAGCUGAGACUACCCAAGACCGAAGAGUCGGUUAGAGAGGACGAACUAAAGUCUCGAUUGCCCCCCAAAGUGUACGGGACAUCGAGCGACGGUGAGCUUGACGAAGAAUUUGCGCUGGUGCUGUGGAAUGACGAGAAGCACACUGUCAACGAUGUACGAGACCAGGUCUCAAGAGCGUGCAAGAUGUCGCCCCAUCAGGCGUUUAAGAAAGCUAUCGAGGUAGACGACGUUGGAAGGUGCAUCGUGGUCAUCGACAAGGAUCUGGAUUGGCUUUUACGCGCAGCAAAGAUAAUCGAGCAGCCAAAGCUUACCGUCACCAUCCGAUCAGCGCGAGACACAUUUCGAGAGCAAAUGUGUGCCACGAUCAUAGAGUGGAUCGCUGACAUUGCCGGCUGCAGUGUUGGACCUGACCACAACAUCCUUCGAGACACCAUAUGCGAACAAUUUCUGCGGCCGUGGCGUGUGGGCAGCGAGGCGCAUCACUCUGAGAUUGGGAAGGACGGGUUGGACGACCAUGAGGUUGAAGAUAUGCCAGAUGACUUUUUCAGAUUUCACGGUCGAUAUCCGGCCCAGACAGCCGCACGAUUUCGUCGGGCUUGGGGUGAUGAUGCUGACGAUGUAGAUGUCGAUCGCGAGCCUGCAUCUGAAGAUGACGAGGACGCCAACGCAGCUGGUGAUGAGAUGGAUGUUGAUAGUGCCGAGUGGAAUGUGAGCCAGGACAUGGACAUUGAUGCUUUUGACGAGAAUGGGCCGCUUGAGGCUUCAGAGGCCACGCUCGCGGGCUAUCCACCUCCACCUCCUCCGCCACCGCAUCCAAGAAGAAGAUUGCCAGGUGCUGCUCUGGAUUCCGAUGAAGGCGAGUCCGCCUUCAUACCGAUGACCGUACCUAAGACGCCGAAAAUCAAUCCAAUGCGGAUCAACACACCCAGGCCGCCGAAGUACUGGCUCGAGAAGCCUGACUUGUAUCGCCGACAGAAAGACCUACCUGUUGCUGAAGAUCUCGAACGUAGAGUGCGGUUAGAUUACCUCAUCCUUUGGGACUUGAGGAUGUGGAAGCAGCUACGCACAGAUUUGCGUGACGUGUUGAUCAGCACGGUAGUCACGCUUCCGCACUUCAAGCGUCUGUUGGGUCUGAGAUUCGCAGGCGUAUACACCGUCCUUGCAGAACUCUACCUCAUCGCCGAUCGGGAACCGGAACACUCAAUCAUCAACUUGUCGCUGCAAAUGCUUACCACUCCAUCAAUUACCGCAGAAAUUGUGGAAAGGGGGAAUUUCUUGUCCAAUUUACUGGCGAUCAUGUACACAUUCCUCACAACACGACAAGUGGGUUAUCCCUCCGAUGUGAACGUUAAAGCUACGCUAGCCUUUGAACAAGGUGCAGUAACCAAUCGGAGAACAUAUCAUUUCUACAUGGACCUCAAAUAUCUCCUUGCUUCCGAGCUCGUCCAGGAACGUAUCCGGAGCGAGGGACGAUACCUCAUGCAAUUUCUUGAUCUGGCAAAACUCCACCAGGGCAUCUGUCCAAACGUAAGAGCAGUUGGAGAGCACGUGGAGUUUGAGAACGACGCAUGGCUGAGCGCCUCAAUCAUUGUGCAAGAGAUUAUCAAGCUGUGCAAGCUCGUGGGCGACUGUUUCGUUGUCAAGUCGGAACAGGAUCUGGAGGACCUUAGCCGAGCCAUUCGCGAUGCAGCACGCGUCACUAUAAUACACAGCUUGGGUGCUGAGCGGAAACGAUUUGAUGCGUCGGAGAUACGAAGUGAGACGCGAUUCAAAAUCUUACCCGUGUUUGAAUUUGAGGAUACUUCCGAAUACCCUCCACAGCAUCGUGUCGUCGACUACAUCGUGGCACAAGAGCCUGUCAGUUUUCACCACGCACUGCAUUACACGCUCUCCUGGCUUAUUGAUCGGGGUAAAGCCAUGAGUAGAGAGCAACUUAUCAACUUGCUCACAUUCACGGCACAGGAGUUGCGCCAGCAUCCUUUGCAGCUACCUUACUCGUUUAACACAAGAAUACCAGAGACACAGCCUCGUGAAAAUCUGCUGGCUCUGUUCGAUUUUCCUCUUAGAGUUUUGGCGUGGCUUGCGCAAAUGAGAGCUGGUAUGUGGGUGCGCAACGGCAUCACUCUCAGGCAUCAAAUGGGCGCUUAUAGGGGCCAUCCAAGGAGAGAACUCUCGUUCUUCAGGGACAUCUUCAUGCUUCAGACUGCGAUGAUUGUCUUACCUCCAGCUCAAGUUUUAGCCUCGAUGAUUGAUCGAUUUGAUCUCAUGGAUUGGGUCCAGGGCAACUACAACCUACGUACUGGGCAGGAUGAACAGCAAAAGAUCGAUGUUGCCGAGGAUUUUGUGCACUUGCUCAUCAUCCUCUUAAGCGACAGAAUCCAUCUCCUCCCUCCCGCUGCUGAUUCCGACCCACAGAUCACGUCUGCCAAACGUGACAUUGUACAUACGCUGUGCUUCAAGCCGUUGUCGUUUUCUUCACUGUGCAACCACAUCCCGGACAAGUUUUCCGACACUGAUCAGUUUGAUCAGCUCAUCCAAGAGAUGACGAUCUUCCGACCACCGGAAGGUGUAUCGGAUCAUGGUACUUUUGCACUCAAAGAUGAAUACUUCGAGCAGAUCGAUCCGUUCUUAGCGCACUUCAGCCGAAACCAGCGCGAUGAGGCAGAAAACAUCUACAAGAAGCACAUGGCUAAGAAACUGGGCAAGGAUCCUGCUGAUAUUGUCUACGAGCCAAAGCUUCGCAAAAUAGAGUCUGGGUUGUUCAAGGAGCUGGGCAAUUUCACGAAGACACCGCUUUUCGCACAAAUCAUCUAUUACUUGCUGCAAUACACUCUCGUGGCCGAUAGGUUUGCCCCCAACGUGCCUAGCACGAAAGUAGAGCAAUUCUUGCAAUUCAUCUUGCACUUGACUCUUGUUGCAGUGAUGGAGGAUGACGGGCAGGACAUGGCGGUGACGAUGCGUGAAGCUAGCCCAAUGGUCGAGGAUGACCCGAUCAAUGGUCGUCUAGACUCGUUCUGCCGACUGGCGUUGACAAAGCAAGCAAAGCAUCCUAUCGGCGAUGCCGACACUAUCGCGCGCCUCCUUCGCAGGAUUGCCGCAGACGACACGUUCAAGACUUGCGAGCCUAAGGUCCAGGUUAUCCUGCGACAUCUCAGACACAAACGGCCAAUCGACUGGACAAAUUGGAUGCGAAGGGACGGGUUUCCCGAUGAGAGAUCGCAGAACGCGUCACCAGUGCCUGAUCCAUCCCAGGAUAAGGAGCUCAAGAAAAAGCAAGCGCUCGAGCGCCAGGCUAAAGUUAUGGCUCAAUUUAAGCAGCAGCAAAAUAGCUUUAUGCAGAACCAGGCGAUUGACUGGGGCGAUGAGGACUUUAGCGACUUGGAAGAAGAAUUCGCAACGCCGGCGGAGGAGGAGCAGAAGCUCUGGGCCUUCCCUUCCGGGACGUGCAUUUUAUGCCAGGAAGAGACAAACGAAAAUAAGCUGUACGGCACCUUCGCUUUGAUAAACGAAAGUCGGAUAUUGAGGCAAACGAAUACGAAGGAUGCAGACUGGACUUUGGAGGCUCUACAAACACCUGCGAGUCUGGAUCGGUCUGCUGAAGACAUACGACCCUUUGGCGUGGCAGGAAACAACAAAAUCAAAGUAAAGAAGGUGACUGCUGAUGGAAGAACUGUUGAGAUCGAGAGACAGGUCCUGGCCAAGGGCUUUCCAAUGAGACAUUUCACCAGUCCUGGACCUGUCGCAUCUGGUUGUGGCCAUAUCAUGCACUACAGCUGCUUCGAGGUUUACGUGCAGGCGACUCAGCGCAGACAGAUGACUGCGAUUGCUCGCAAUCAUCCAGAGCGACUUGAUCAUAAGGAGUUCUUAUGUCCGCUUUGCAAGGCGCUAGGCAAUGCAUUUUUGCCUGUCAUUUGGAAAAACAAGCCGAUCACGUAUCCUGGCGUCUUGCAGACCGAAGACACGUUCGAGAACUUCCUGCAACAUACCGUUGGUCUGCAGAUCUCAAAGUUAGAGAAAGGACCUGAGAGACCGAACAGCGACAUAUCAAGUGUUCAGCAGCGACUGGAAACACUAUUCCUUGAUUACGGUAAAUCGGAGAUGAUUGGAAGUAUAGCCACUGGUCUACAGGACUUGACCAAGGCAGUUGUGCCUAGCUCUCAAUCCUCGAGCCCUACAGAACCGCGCCAAUUUACCUUCCACAACCUGUCUGUGAUUUUCAGCAUGGGCGCUGACGAACCCAUUCCUGCUUCAGCAUUGUUGAACAGUAUGGGCUCUAUUGGGCCGGGUGAUUCGAGUACGGCGCCUUUAGCAGUGUCGCCACAAAUGGCUGAGCUGGUGAAAAUAUAUCGAAGGCUUCGCGAAACGAUGACGACGAAUAAUCUACCUUCACGCUUCCGGUACCCGAAGGUCAGUCAAGAUGACUUGACGCACACGGAUACGCUUUCUCAAGCUCUGGGAUAUUCUAUUGCGGCCAGCGAGAUUGCACAGCGAGGCGUAGAGUCUGAGCCCGGAUCGACCUUGCUGAGCAAAAUAUCUUCACAGACGUUGACACAUCUGCGGGUGCUUUCAGAGACUGUUUCAUCAUACUUUGCCGUCGGCGCUCUGCGGAACCAGGGUGAGAACGUUACAAAUAAGGAAUUCUCUGAGAUGUAUAUCAGCCAGCUGCGACAGCUCUUCGUUGGUCACCCUGAGGUUUGCAGUUUGGACGACCUGGGCAUGCAGGGAAACAAGAGACGCGAAUUGCUCCUCGGAACCGCACCUGUACUGUCGCGGGAUCCGUUUAUCUUUUUGACUAGCUGCGCUACGUUCUUGCAACCGGUUCUUCACCUGGACAUCCACCAUCUCAUGCGUAUGUGCUACACGGCGGAGAUCGUGCGCGUUAUUAUCUCAUUUUUACUCCCGCACGCGAGACUACCCGCCUAUGAUCCUAAUGAUGCAGCAUAUCAGAUGCCAGAGUCGGCCGUCAGCUUUUUCAAACUCACCGAGCACAUCUUUUCACACAUUCGCAAUGUGCCUGAAGGCUUGCGUGCAGACAUAUCCGAUGCGGACAAGCUACAUACAUAUGUGACGCAAAUAUACAGGCUAGCACAUGUUUAUGCACUGCCAUUUGUUCGCAAGUGCAUCAUAUUGAUGCAUGUUCGAUAUGGAAUAGAGAUUCCGUUAGACCUUGUCUCAGUUGCGGAAAGCACCGAGCUUACUCGCUUAUCACAAGCCCUGCACCUGCCAUCGAUUGAUAGCCUUGCUGCUCAAGCCUUGGAAAUAAAUAUGGCAAACAUCGUCACCGGGUGGGUACAGCAUUGGUUGCUGUAUCGUGAGGGCCGUCGCAACGCCUUGACGCCCAUUCAGCUCUCACACCCCGCCAUCUUUGAGCUAAUUGGGCUGCCCAAGAACUUUGACACAUUGCAGGACGAGGCUAUGAAAAGAAAGUGCCCUAAAACGGGCAAGGAUCAGACCGAUCCUGUGGUCUGUCUAUUCUGUGGAGACAUCUUCUGCUCGCAGGCUGUAUGCUGCAAAGACGAACGUGAUAAGGGGGGAUGCUGGCAGCAUCGGCAAACUUGCAGCGGACCGGUCGGUCUUUUCAUCAAUAUCCGAAAAUGCAUGGUCCUGUUACUCAAUGGCGAAAAUGGAUCUUGGUCCUAUGCACCCUAUCUUGAUAAACACGGGGAGACGGAUGCGACGUUGAGGAGGCAUCAUCAACUGUAUCUUCACCAGAAGAGAUACGACAAGUUGUACAGGGAAAUGUGGUUAGCGCAUGGAAUUCCGAGUGCGAUUGCAAGGAGACUUGAGGGUGAGAGUAACAAUGGGGGCUGGGAGACCUUGUGAGAGCAGAUUGUUUGUGGACGUGGCGCGGAGCGUAAUCAAGAUUUGAUGGCAUGCGAUAGCAAGUUGAACAGUCUACGUCAAGGAGUCAUGUAGAGCUAUCAGUCAGCAUAAUCUUCGUGAAGGAAUUCUGCCUGUGAGAAGAGGUACGAGUGUUUGAAGCCAUCCUAUUUCCCAAAGACAUCCGCCUCUCCCCCCCCCCCGGCGGGUGCGAUCAAUCCAUCAUAGCCGAACGCAUCUCUUAAAUUAUGGGUAAUGCAAUUAUUCAAGAGCACAUUUUAAACAUGAAACCCAGGUUCGGAUGUAUUUGUUACGCUAAUUGUCAAUCGGUGGAUGAGUUUGAGAGGGUUAACAAGAAACACCUGCAUUAAGCCGAUUACA